UUCCUUCUGCUCGGCGCAUGGUGCUCUACUAAGGGUACGACUCAGCUGAGUUUUCAAAAGUUUUUUGUGGUGCGGCUUUACAUUUUAUGUCAAAGGUAAAGUAGUCUAUUUCCAGUUUUUGAAAUGGGGAAAUCAGGCUAUAAGAGAUUUAAGAAGCAAGAAAAGGCAAAGGUGAAGCUGAAAGGAAAGAAAACAUUGCUCCCUAAAGGUCAGAAUGUGACAAAUACAACCUUUAAAGUGAAGAAAAUUAUUGUUAAAGAGCAGUUGAAAGAUCACGGCGAACAUGAAUUACUCUCUAAAAAACAUCUCAACAUCAAGGAGCUGAUCUCUCGACUGAGUCACCAUAACAUGAAAAUGCGGCAGGAAGCAUUGUCUGGUCUACGGGAGCUGAUUAUCGCCCACGGACCGCAAUCCAUCCAAUCGAAUUUCACAUCUCUGCUGCAAGCAGCCAUGCCACUCUCUCUUGAUCUGGAGUCUGAUGUGCGGAAAGAUGUCAUCAAAUUACUCUCUGUCAUAUUUGAAAGGAUGACAGAAGAGCAACUCACUCCCCUGUUCCGUACCAUAGUCCUGCACCUGACAUGUGCAAUGACUCACAUAGAUCCCAGUGUACGAGCUGACUCUCUACGACUCAUAGAUGUGAUGUUAGAAGCGGAGCCAUCCCUCACAGCAGUGUACACAGCCGCCCUGAUGCCUCACUUCCUGAAUCUAAUCUCUCGGAGGGGUGACGGUGAUGGUUGGGGGCGCGCUCUUUCUCUCCACCUUGAUGGGCAAAUCACCUCCGAGAAGUGGCGCGGCAGAGUUAUUGGACGGCUCAAUAGACUGUUUGCUGCUAUUCUGGAACAUGUUAGGAAAGUAAUGGCUCCAACUCCUCCUCGCGCUGUUGAAUGGGACCCAAACAAACGCAUUUACCUAAAUCUCUACUACCCGAUUUUCACCAAACGCAACACUGCAGUUGAUCUUACUAACCUACCAAUACAGGAAUAUGCUAACACGUUGAUGCCACUUUUGUUGGAUACAUUCAUUGAAGCAGUGCCUAAACGUGAUCAGGAAGAUUCUCAAACUGCCUGUGUUGUGGGAGUGGAGAUGGCAGCACUGCUUCAAAGUAUAGUCCAGAUAAUACUUCACUUGCGGAGUCUUGUCAAACACUGCUUUCGGAAUAGGUCCGAGUCUCAGAAAGGAUGGUUCCGGCAGACAUGGGGGGAACAGGUGGUGACUAGGCUGGUGAAAGCAAGAUUCCCGUACUCGAUUUCUAAAGCCAACUCCAACAAACGGAAACGAGAAUCCAAGCAGGUGUUGGAUGCCCUGCAAGUCUCGUGGGACCAGGAUCCUUCGUGUCGUCUGCUCAACACACAGUUGUGUCUACUAACGUUCCUAUUUUCUCAGCCCAGUGAAUUGUGGACAAAGUGUGUCCAGUAUAUCAAAAAUACCCUGAGGAAUGCAAGGCGACUGCAGACAGAGGAGAGUGAGUUGCUGUGUGAGUGUCUGGAGGCGGUGUCAGACCAGCCGUCCUCGUCUGCUGCUUCCUCCCUCCUGGAGGCAGUGUGCAAGUCGGGUCUCACCUCAGAUCAACGUGUUUUUGACUUUCUCACCCGAAUAGCGUGUAUGCCCACACACCAUCUUCACACGUCAGUGUAUUGUAGCUUAUAGCACUAAAUCAUAAAA